UAAUAGUAAUUUUCAUUUAUCAGGUACGGUUCACAACAUAUCGAUGAAAAAGGCAAUAGUAUUGUAGACCAAAAUUUACUAGACAAAUGGAAUUCGAAUGAGCAAGUACAAACUAUCAAUUCGCUCUCGAAAACAGUACAGGUUGACCUAAGGAAACGUAAAUACGAUUUUGCAAGAAGUGAAGAAGCUCUUCAGCGAUUGGAUAAACGGAAGCCAAAGGCAAAACCAGAAUCCGACAAAGCAGCAGACGUCAACGAAAAUGGUUCAGAAUCUACUGAAACUAAGGGUGAUGCUGAGAAACGUGUUGGUCCUGCUGAUACUGAAACCUUCAAAUCUCCUAGAGAAAAAGCAAAAAAAGAUAGACUGGAAAGAUAAGUUGUAUCUUUCUCCUCUGACAACGGUUGGAAAUUUGCCUUUCCGCCGAAUAUGCAAAGAGUUCGGUGUUGAUAUCACUUGUGGCGAAAUGGCAAUGGCUUCGAACAUCCUACAGGGUGCAAAUCAAGAAUGGGCUCUGAUAAAGCGACAUGCAACCGAGGAUAUAUUUGGUGUUCAGGUUUGCGGUAACAAUCCGUAUGUUCUGACUAGAUGUGCUCAGGUUCUUCAAGAGCAGGCCAACAUUGACUUUGUUGAUAUCAACAUGGGCUGUCCGAUUGAUCUAGUCUAUCAACAGGGAGGUGGAUGUGGCCUUAUGAGGAGAGAAAAGGUUCUCUAUUCAGUUGUGGAGUGCAUGAAUGAUGUGCUGGAUAUACCUUUGACUAUAAAGAUGCGAACGGGAGUGUAUAGCGAUAAGAAUACUGCGCAUAAGCUCAUAAGCGGUCUUUGUGAUCGUGGAGUAUCUCUAAUAACUGUUCACGGACGCUCGAGAGAGCAACGCUACACGCGCUCUGCUGAUUGGAACUAUAUUGAAACAUGUGCUGCGCUAGCUGGACAAACACCACUUUUUGGCAACGGAGAUAUACUCUCUUACCAGGAUUAUGUUGAAGCGCGAGUGAGUAUUCAAUUUGAUCUGGUUCUGCAUUUCAUAGCUACCUACCUCAUUGAGAAGCUGGUGGCAGAGGUGAAGAAUGUCAACAACCCUUGUGAUAGAUGUCAACAAGGUUCAAGUCUGGCUGUCUUGUUAGCAGCGCUAUUAGUGCUGCGAGAAUGGCGUAGGGCUGAAUUGCGCCUUGUUACUAUCAGACAGAGUCAGACAUGA